UCCCACUUUUACUACAGGCGGCUGAAGCCGGGCCGCCGCGCCACACGGGAGGGAGCAGGCUGGCCCGGCACGACCCCGCCCGCAGCUCCCGCCCGUGCCUAGGAGACGGCAGUUGUGCCGCCGCCGCUGCCGCCGUCGCCUCCUCCUCCUCCGAGACAUUGCCGCUGCUGCCAGCCCCGGCCUGCCUGGAACACGCGGACGGGGCGGGGAUGUUGCUCUCGAAGAUCAACUCACUGGCCCACCUAUGCUCGACGCCCGGCGGGGAUCUGCACCCCGUCAAGCCGCUGCCAGGAAAGGAAAAAGAAUCCCUGGAGAAGCUGUACCAAGUGGGCCCGCUGCUCGGCAGUGGAGGCUUUGGUUCUGUCUACUCAGGCACCAGGCUGGCAGAUGGAGCUCCGGUGGCUAUCAAGCAUGUGUCCCGGGACCGGGUUUCUGAAUGGGGAGAACUGCCUGGUGGAACGAGGGUACCCAUGGAGAUUUUGCUCCUGAAAAAGGUUGGCUCUGGAUUUCGAGGGGUGAUCCGGCUGCUGGAUUGGUUUGAAAGGCCAGACAGUUUCAUUUUGGUUUUGGAAAGGCCAGAUCCCGUUCAAGAUCUAUUUGACUUCAUCACAGAAAGAGGUGCUCUUCCUGAGGAUUUGGCCCGUAGCUUUUUUCGUCAGGUGUUGGAAGCAGUUCGACAUUGCCACAGUUGUGGUGUUCUGCACAGGGAUAUCAAAGAUGAGAAUAUCUUGAUUGACUUGAGCAAUGGAGAGCUCAAACUUAUAGACUUUGGAUCUGGGGCACUGCUCAAGGACACAGUGUACACAGACUUCGAUGGCACUCGAGUUUAUAGUCCUCCAGAAUGGAUCAGAUAUCACAGAUAUCAUGGCAGAUCUGCUGCUGUCUGGUCACUUGGGGUAUUACUCUAUGAUAUGGUGUGUGGGGAUAUUCCUUUUGAGCACGAUGAAGAGAUUAUAAAAGGCCAGGUCUAUUUUCGUCAAAGGAUUUCUUCAGAAUGUCAGCAUCUCAUUAAGUGGUGUUUGGCUCUGAGGCCUUCUGACAGGCCAUCCUUUGAAGAUCUUCUGAAUCAUUCUUGGAUGCAAGAUGUUCUCCUGCCUCAGGAAACAGCUGAGAUCCACUUGCAUAGUCUAAUUCAAGAAUCUAGCAAAUAGUGUGUCUCAUCCUUCUGAGGAGCAAAACAAAAUUUUGCCGUAUUUGAUCUGGUGGAGUGAAGACUUUUAUAGAAAUGUGACUCAUCUUUUUCCAGACACAGGCUGCCUGAUGACUUUCUAAGUCUGAAGAAACCCAUUUCUUGUGGGAGAGUGGACUUGCUGUUCAGGAGCCUGAUUUAUAAAUCUUCUCACCACUAGAUGAAUUGGACAAGCCGAAUCCUAGAAUAUGAAAUGAGUGGUGCAAAGAACUAGAGAUGUUUGGUACAAGAGAAGGGAGGGAGUUAGUGAUUUGGAUCGGCUACCUGCCUUCACUGUGUUACUACUACCAUGUUCUGAGUGCCUUCAAUUGCAAACUGAGCUGUGCUGGAGGAAAAUACUUGAACAUUCCUUCACUGCUGCUUUCUCACAGAUUUACCUGUCUUAAAAUUUAUUCCAGUUUCAAAAGAACUACUUCAGAAUGAAGGAGAUAAUAUUAGCAACCCUAAUUGCUGUCCAGUAUAAACUCUGUGUUUGCUUUUGCUGCCUUUUGAACAUGAAGGCAUCCUCCAGUGCACAAACAAUGCAACUGUAAACUGUAAAUUUGUACAGAAUAUAAGAACAAAAAUUGGUGUACAGAAGAUUGUAGUUAUAAUAUUUUUACUUCAGUGUUUUUUAAUUUAUUUCUAGGGUUUUAAAAAUUGAAUAUCCUAACUGGUAGGAUUUUAUUUAUUUUAUUUAUGAAUCAUGCAAAUUCUUGGCAUACUCCUCACUGCUAUAGCUGUUGACCUGUUCUGCUAUGUUGCAUCUACUUCUGUUUCAUAUUCUAACCCUCUGGUUAUCAUCUGCCUUUUUGUUUGAUAUCUUGCUUCUGUAGGAAACAGCUGACUGCCCUUCCCCAUCACCUGUAAAUAUUUCCAACUGUUGCUGUUCAGCCUCUCCAAAUGUUUGAGACUUUAACUGGUGUUGAUGGGGAGGAUAUGUAUAGAUAGCAUGUGUAUAUAGUGCUGUACUUCGAAAGGGAGCAAGAUGUUCCGGACUUCAACACUGUCAAAACUUGUUUAAGUAAUUUGGUGUGUAGUCUGCUGUUUUUUUUUAAUAGGUAAUACUGUACAGGGAAUUCAGAAAUGCUAUUUUUUUUAUACAUACUGUUUUAAAUAAAAAUGGAAUCACUUGA